AAAAGACUCUUCGAUAUACAAUGUAGGCUAAUUGAAACAAAUCUUGGUAUUACACUUAUUCACGAAUAUAAGGAUUCAUAUGCGGACUCCUGUCGCACCUUUGUGAGGAACGUUAGACGUAAUUGUUCGAUUAAUGUAUAUUAUUUCAUUGCGAAACUAUGAUUUAUCUGGAUCUUGAUUCUCAAUUGAUAUACUAUGUGUAUAUAUUAUAUAAAUACAAUAAAAAAAAGAAUUUUAUUUUUACUACAAAGGAUAAAAUGGUGCGUUUUAUUAUUACAUCAAUUUUUUUAUUCACGGCGAUUAACAAAAUUUCUAAAGGUGUAAUUGCAUAACGUUGUAGAGGGCUUGAACCAUUUUUUGCUAUUAUCGU